AUGCCGAAUAUAUUUAUCGACCUGACCGAGCCCAUCAGCAGCCGCGCCGACCUAAUCGACUUGACGAGUCCUGCUAGUGAUGGUAGUGAAGCAGGCAACCAUGCUCCGAACCGAAACCGAACGGUCUCGCGGCAAUCUACACCGAAGGGCGCGCCCAAAUGGGGGCCGAGUGCUCAAUUACAACAGGCCUCUCCUCGAGCCCAAGCCCAAUUAUCCCAAUAUCCAGCAUUUGCGCCGCGAGAGACUAUCGUGCACGCCCCUGUUCCUUCCACAGUUAAACUCUCCGACGAUGGGACCGGCCUAGGGCACGUGAAGAGUCAAAGUACCUCACCAGUGCGGUCCCGCACCCCACCACUACGCUCGAUAGACACCGCCCCUUCUACAAAUAACGUGAAUGGCACGACUCCGAAUCCUCCUCGUCCUGAUGAAGGCGCAGAAUCUUCCGGCAUGAAAUCGCGACCUAGUGCUUCGCACGCGACUCUGCCGCUUCGUUCUUCUCCCGCUGGUCCUCUCGCCACCCAGUCCACCCCCAAGGGUGUGACACCGAGGAAGACGGAAUGGACCGUGGAAAAGAUUGCCGAAAGGCUCAGGCACCUUACGAAGGAUCUCGACUACCAGCACCGCGUGAUGACCUACCGCGUGCUGCAAGCCAACAAACGUCAGGUCCAGGAAAGGAGGCAGCUUAAGGGGGAUGAUCUAUUUGCCGACGUAAAGAUUGACAGUGCCCCGGAGGAAAAGGGGCUCGCCGUACGGGCCAAGUUCAAGCUCCAUACGACCAAUACUAGGAAGUCGAAUUCAUCCUUGGGCAAGCGGAACCUAACUUUACCUGUCGUACCUUUGAGGACCGAAGUCGAACCCGUCCCGCCGUACCGAUUCCACCAUAUCGAGAUUCCCAAAAGUGUGUUAACCCCGCAGACGAUGCUCAAAUACGUACCGCAUGUAAGGGAUCUGGAAGACUCCGAGGAGCGACAAUACAACCUAUGGCUGCAGGAGUUGGAUGAGAUGGACGAGGCCUCGGGUUUCAAGCCCCAGAGUCGGGAGCAGAGGGCUGCCAACACAAAGCGCGACGAAUGCGCAGCACGCCUUGCAGCCCUGCUGCCAUCGUGGUUGAAGACACUCUCAAUCGAAGGCUGCACCAAAGCCACCCUCAUCCGAUACAUGGCUAGCCAGGCACGUGAUGAUACCAUCACGCCGCAGCAAAAAUCGAGUAUCCUCGAUACCUGCCGCCAAGUGGAAGAUGUUGGGUCCCCUAGAGCUGUGCGAGCUGCCAAGCUCUUCACUGAAGCCUUCGACAUGGUGUUCUCGCAGCUAUACUCAAACUAUCCUGUUACGCUGCGGGAUGUCUUGUUCAGGGACGAAUUUGUGGACCAGAUUGUUGAUCCUAAACGCCUCACGAAAGAAUCUGCGGCUCCAUCUAAACCUACCGAGGCGCCCGAGCCCGUGGACGGCGGCUAUCUGGAGACGCAUUCGCUACUUGCUUGCCUCAUAUGUUUCUGCAACUCGUGCGAUCAUGGAGAGUAUGAUAACAAGAACCAAAAACGUACAUUCUCCAUGGAGGUCAUGGGUGGCGUGGAGGGAGCGUUGAAGCGACGACCACUCAGGCAAGGGCGGGAUCGUGCGACUCAAGAGGAAAAGGUCUUGUAUUCCCAACCAUGUGGAGCUGAAUGCUUUCGCUUGGUGGACCCGCAUGCGCCGCCCCAAACCCCAAAGAGCUGGACGCCCCGAGAGGACAGAAUUCUUCGAGCUCUAGUAGAGACCUCACUAGUUGGGCCAAGUUUCCGGCCUCCCGAAUGCACCGUGUCCGGGUUGCUCCAACGGCCAUGUUGGGAAGUUCACCUGAAACUGACCCAAGACAGCCUCGCUCCUAAAGGAGCGCUUCCACCGACUUCACCGAAACCCGUUGUCAAAAACUUGCCCUGGUACGAUAGGUUUAGAAAAAUGCUUAUCGGCGACUGGCAAGAACAUACCAAAAUCUACGAGCACCAGCGUCGGGAGCUGCUUGAGCCUUGCGCCCACGACGGUCCCUGCACGUUGGCUAAGGGCUGCCCUUGCGUUGAAGCUGGGGUUCUCUGCGACAGGUUUUGUCGGUGCACGGCAGAGACCUGCGCUUACAAGUUUACGGGCUGCGCUUGUCAUUCCCUGGGUAAGACGUGCUACUCCAAGCAAAAAGAGCGCCCAUGUAUCUGUGUCCAGCUUAAUAGGGAGUGCGAUCCUGUGCUGUGUAAAGGCUGUGGAGCUAUGGAACGGGUCGACCCCGAGAACGUCGACGAUGACGAGCUUCACGAGACAGGAUGCCAAAACUGCGCGCUACAACGGGGCAGGAGUAAGCGCCUGAUACUUGGCAAGAGUCUACUGGAAAACUGCGGCUACGGUCUUUUCACGGCCGAAGACAUCGCCCAGGAUGAGUUUGUCAUUGAGUACGUCGGCGAGCUUAUCACGCACGACGAGGGCGUUCGACGAGAGGCACGCCGCGGGGAUGUCUUUAAUGAAGGCUCGAACGCGUCUUACCUCUUUACCCUUCUCGAGGAUGAAGGCAUCUGGGUCGAUGCGGCAGUGUACGGGAAUCUCAGCCGCUACAUUAACCACGCGUCGGAGAGCGACAAGCGGGCCUGUAACAUUAUGCCGAAGAUUCUUUACGUCAACGGCGAGUACAGGAUCCGUUUUACGGCUAUGCGCGACAUCAGCGCCGGGGAGGAGUUGUUCUUUAAUUAUGGAGAGAACUUCCCGAAUCUCACGAAGAAGCUUCUCGAAGACCGGGCUGAUCAGCAAGACGAGCCGCUAGCUGCUGCGAACAAGGCGGGCCCCUCCCUUGGCCGAAAGCCCGGAAGGCGACCGGGAAGGCCGCGGCGUGGAGGGGGCCGAAAGCCCGCGAAGCAGAAUGCGACGGGUGGUGGCCGAAAGGGCGUGGCACCUGCGGAUCCCGCGGUCGACUGGGAGCUUCCGGGGAGUACCGGGUUCGCUCUGCUCCAGAAGAACAAGCGGAAGAGGAGGGAAGAAGACGAAGAAAGCAGGGGAGAGCUCGAUGACGACGACGAAGAUAAUAUCUACGAUGACGACUCUCAAGAAGGCUCGGAUUGGGAAGCAGGUGGUAGACGAGGGGGCAGACGAGGAGGUGGUCGGCGUGGGGUAAGGACCAGGAAGAGGACGAAACGAACUCAUAAUAAGGGAGGCGAGAAGGACGACGAGGAGAUGCUCGUCGCGAUGGAUUCUCCCAGCAGACCACCUCGCCGCACCGGUGCUGGCCGCCCGAAAGGGCCGACGAAGCCCCUCCGUGUCGCCGUCGAGGAGGUAGACGAAUCUGAUGACGCGCACAUUUCGGAUUCGGACGAUAUGGCGUUGGCCCGGCGUCGGCGGGGUCGUGGGAAUCGCAAAACCGUAGUCGACGAUAGCGUGGAUGAGGGAGGUGAUACUAUUGUUCUUAAACCGAAAGUGGUGCUAGCCGAAGAGGCUGUGGAGAAGGAGGAGGAGAAGGAGACUGUUAAUGUAAACGUGGAGACUGCGAUAGUGGCUAGACCCGAGGGCGAGGUUGAGGUCGAGGAUGACGAGGACGAGAGCGAGAGUGAGAGCGAGAGCGUGGAUGGGGAGGAAGAGGAGGAUUCUUGGACUCCGUCGCGGAGUAAGUCCACGCGCAAGGUGCAGGUUCCGGCGAGGUAUAGGGAUGAGACGGAAUAA